AUGAAUUGGAAAGCCAUUGCCAGUUGCCUGGGAGUGAGUGCCAAAACUCUUUACAGAAGAAGAAUAGACUAUGGUAUAGCAGACACUUACUGUGACAUAACAGAACAAGAGCUUGAAUGGUGCAUUAGAGAUAUUUUAAGAUUGACACCCUUCUCUGGCGAAACUUACGUAAGAGGAGCUUUGCGUGGUCGGGGUAUUCAUAUCCAAAGGUGGAGAGUUAGGGAAGCAUUAGAAACUAUUGACCCAAUUAACCGUGCCAUAAGACGGAGAUACGCUAUACAAAGGCGGGUGUACAAUGUGAGGAAACCAAAUCAUCUCUGGCACAUUGACUCCAAUCACAAACUCAUCACUUGGAGAUUUGUCCUGCAUGGUUGCAUCGACGGCUAUAGCAGAACUAUUAUUUAUUUGAAAUGCUUCACGAACAAUCUUGCGCAUACUGUUUUGCAAUGUUUUGUCAAUGGUGCACAAAGAUUUGGGAUUCCAUCUCGCGUACGUGGCGAUAGGGGGGUGGAAAAUGUACACGUUGCACGGUUUAUGAUAGCUAAUAGAGGUCUAAACAGAGGAAGCUUCAUAGCCGGACGCAGCGUGCAUAACCAAAGAAUUGAGCGCCUUUGGGCGGAGGUGAAUAGAGUGAGUUCCUCCUAUUAUAAAGAUCUAUUCCAAUUUAUGGAGGAAAGCGAGCUUCUUGAUGCGCACGAUGAAAUCGAUUUGUAUGCUCUGCACCAUGUUUACAUUCCUGCAAUACAAGCCUCACUCAAUGAGUUUGUCAACCAAUGGAAUCAUCAUGGACUUCGAACUAUGCGGAGUAUGUCGCCCCUAGCACUAUGGCGUUCUGAGCUUAAUGAAACUGAUUUAACAGACGUUAAUAUCGAUAAUGUAAAUUUAUAUGGCAUUGAUCCUGAUGGCGCGGUAGGUGAUAUCGAAACGGACAAUAUGGUUGUUGUCCCUGAAAAUUCAGUUGAGUUGACCGAAGAUCAUGUCAAUGAAAUACGCCGCCUUGUUCCGGAACCUUUAAGUGAUGACGGCAAUCACGGAAUUCACCACUACCUCACAGUUCGUCAAUAUUUGCAAAAUCAUUUUCAGGAACAAUAG